GCUGGAAGCUAAACCCCGUGGUGGGUGCUGUGUAUGGACCCGAAUUCUAUGCAGUGACAGGAUUCCCGUACCCCACAACAGGCACAGCAGUAGCAUACCGAGGGGCACACUUACGAGGUCGGGGACGGGCUGUCUAUAACACAUUCCGGGCCGCACCACCUCCUCCCCCCAUUCCAACAUAUGGCGCGGCACUGGAGCAAACGCUUGUUAAAAUGCCAGUCCCAUGGGCAGGGCUGGCACCAUGCCCCCUCCCUCCUCAGCAGACACCGGAGCCGGCCUACCCCACCUCUCCAGCGUUCCCACCACUUUCUUGUCCGUUUGCUUCCAGGGUCGUGUAUCAGGAUGGAUUUUAUGGCGCAGAGAUUUAUGGGGGCUAUGCAGCCUACAGAUAUGCUCAGCCAGCAGCAACAGCAGCAGCUUACAGCGACAGUUACGGCAGAGUCUAUGCGGCUGCUGACCCUUACCACCACGCCAUUGGCCCUGCUGCAACCUAUAGCAUUGGAACUAUGGCUAGCCUCUGCCGAGGAGGGUACAGCCGCUUCACCCCCUACUAGCAAGAGACCCAGCCCCUAACAGCAUUCACACUGACUGCUUAUUCCAAACCAAACCAAACAAACUAGACACCAGGCAGAUCCUCCGGGAAGACAAACUGCCCCACCGGGUCAGGGACAUUCACCGCUGACCCUCCGCGACUCUAAAACCAUAGAUUUUUACCUCCAGUUGUUUCUCCCCGCCCCAUGGUGGUGUGUGUGUCUUUGUCCAUGACUGUACCUGUAUGUUUGUAACUAAUUUCCUGUAUUGAGUUUGUCGGUGUUG